AUGCCGCUGGUUCGUUAUAGAUUAUCCUUCAGUGCAGUGCACCUAUUACUGCUAGCAGUUCCCCUUUGCCAUGGACUGGUUCCAGAACCCUCCCGCGAAGUCGACGUCGCCAUCAUCGGCGCUGGCCUAUCCGGACUCUCCACUGCCAAACAGCUCGCAGCAGCCAACAAAUCCUUUGCUAUAUUAGAAGCACGAGACCGAGUCGGUGGUCGCGUGCUCAAUGUCAACCCUCCAGGGAAGAGUGCCCAAGAGCUAGGCGCCGCAUACGUUGGACCAACACAAAACCGUGUCCUAGCCCUCGCAGACGAACUCGGUCUACCAACCUACAAGACAUACACGUCAGGAAACUCAACCUUCUAUCGAAACGGCACAGCGCGUCAUUAUCAAGACAGCCUGGGCGGUAUUCCUCUCGUGGGAAUAGACUCCCUUGUCGAGCUUGCAUCCUUCAUGGACGAGAUCAAUAACCUGGCGAGCAAAGUCGACCUGGAAGCCCCAUGGAACACCCCGAAUGCCUCGGCACUAGAUUCAAUGACCCUAGAAACAUACGUGAACUCUCGAAUAUCCACUUCCGACGCACGCGUCCUCCUUGAUGUUGCCAUUCCAGCCAUCCUGUCGACCGAAUUAAACGAGCCAUCUCUACUAUAUUCAAUGUGGUGUAUAGCCGCUGCUGGAAAUCAAACUGGGCCUGGGACUAUCAACCGUCUUAUUGGAGUCGAUGGGGGCGCACAGGAUAGUCGGGUGAGCGGUGGAACACAGUUACUAGCAACACUACUCGCCGAGAAACUCGGUUCGCAAAACAUCCACCUCAACACACCUGUGCGCAGAGUGCAGCUCAAAGAUUCACGCUAUCUAGUCUCUUCAGAUGAACUCACGAUCUCAGCCCAAUAUGUCGUCGUCGCCAUGUCCCCGCCUCUAGCAAACCGUAUCAUAUUCAAUCCCCUACUCCCUGCUGGACGAGACCAGUUGAACCAGCGCAUGCCUAUGGGGGCAUUGGGCAAAGCCAUUGUGAUCUUCCCAAGUGCCUGGUGGCGGAGCGAGGGGCUCAACGCAGCAGGUGUUAGUGACACCGGGUCGAUCCGAGUGACAUACGACAACUCGCCUGCGGAUGGAUCGUUUGGAGCGAUAAUGGGUUUCAUUGAGGCGGACGAGAUGCGCAAGCUAGAUGCUGUGAGCGAAGACGAGGCCAAGCGCCAAGUCAAGCAAGGUUUUUCUAAUCUCUUUGGUCCACGCGUUGAAACUGCUACAGAUGUCCUUAUUCAGCGGUGGGAUCUUGAAGAGUUCUCACGUGGUGGCCCUAGUGCUUUCAUGCCUCCGGCUGUUUUGACACAGUAUGGGUCUUAUUUGCGUGCUCCAGUUGGGAGGAUCCAUUUCGCUGGAACUGAGACUUCGCUAAGGUGGAUUGGGUACAUGGAUGGGGCUAUUAGUUCAGGUGAACGGGUUGCUGGGGAGAUAUUGAAGAAUUGGUGA